AAUCAAAAUAAUCAUGUCUGAAAAAAAGAAGUACAAGAAAAGCAGGGAAGAGAUCCGUAGGGAAAUUGCCCGUGAAUUCGAUUUGCCUGAACGCAAAUCCAAGAUAGCAACAAUUUUGAAGCAGGAGGACCAGGCGUACUGCAUAUGUCGCACUUCCGACUGCUCUAGGUUUAUGAUCGGCUGCGAUGGCUGUGAGGAAUGGUACCAUGGCGAUUGCAUUGGAAUCACGGAGAAGGAGGCCAAACACAUCAAGCAAUACUUCUGUCGACGAUGCAAGCAAGAGAAUCCGGAGCUGCAGACAAUAUUCAGACUGGUGGCCACCGAGCGGGCAGCCGCCUCAAAUGCCGCCUCCACCAGUGGCUCCAACAUUCACGGAUCGGGUCCGCCUGCAUUGGCUUCCCUUCAACCUGCCGCCGCCCAGCCAAAGCGAAAGCAUAGCAAUGCCAAAGAGCCUAAGGCAGGAAAACGUUGCGGCACCUGUGAGGGAUGUCGGCGUCCGAACUGCAAUCAAUGUAAUGCAUGUCGAAUUCGCGUUGGCCACAAGCCGCGCUGCAUCUAUCGGACAUGUGUCGCCCAGGCAGCCGCUGUGUCUGAACCUCAAGCUUCGGUUCCUUCAAGGAAACGAGAAAAGGCCACGGCCAAGGAUCGCAAGGUGAAGGUCGGGAAUCGCGUGGCCAGUCCCGAAGUUUUUCUCAACCCCGAGUUGGAAGGAACGAGGCAGUGUCAUGGCCCCGGCUGUUGCUGCCAGGCGCGACCGCAAAGCAAAUACUGCAGCGAAAAGUGCGGCUUCAAUCUUGCGACCAACCGCAUAUUCCAGGUACUGCCGCAGCGUCUGCAGGAAUGGAACCUAACGCCCUGCCGUGCAGCAGAGGAUAACCGCACGCAGCUUGAGGCCAUUAGGGAUAAGCAAUCGAUGGUCCGCUUCGCUCUCGCCGAGCUCGAGAAGCGUUCUGACGAGCUCAACAUGGUGGUGGAGCGGGCCAAGCACAGCAUCAUAGAAAGACAGACCGCGAACGAAACUGGGGACGUCGAGGAUGAGCAGAGCAUGUAUUGCAUUACCUGUGGCCACGAAAUCCAUUCGCGCACCGCAAUCAAGCAUAUGGAGAAGUGCUUCAACAAAUACGAAUCUCAGGCCAGCUUCGGCAGUAUUUUCCAGACCCGCAUGGAGGGCAACAACAUGUUCUGCGACUUUUACAAUCCGGCCAGCAAGACCUACUGCAAGCGACUGCGAGUCCUGUGCCCCGAGCACAGCAAGGAUCCGAAAGUAAACGACACUGACGUCUGCGGCGCUCCCCUCGUCGCCAACGUCUUCGAGCCCACCGGACAGUUCUGUCGUGCUCCAAAGAAGAGUUGCUUCAAGCACUAUGCCUGGGAGAAGAUUCGGCGGGCCGAGAUCGAUCUGGAGCGCGUCCGGCAGUGGCUGAAAAUGGACGACCUGAUGGAGCAGGAGCGUGGCUACCGACAGCAGCUCAGCUCUAGAGCCAAUCUUCUUGGCCUCAUGCUUCACUCAACCUACAACCACGAGGUAAUCGACGAGCUGGUCCGUAAGCAGAACGAGCAUCUGGCCGAGUUCGAGAAGAAGCAGCGACGUCAAGCACACCAGCAGUUGCUGAAGGAGAAGCACCAGAAGCAGGUACAUCAUCACCCAGAACAGCAACAGAAGCAGCAGCAUCCGCAGCAAGAACAGCUACAGAAGCAGCAGGCACCACAAUCCCAAAAUCCUCAGCGACUAAUACUGCUACAACAGCAGCGACAGCAUCAACAGCAGCAACAGCAGCAUCAGCUCCAGCUUCAGCACCAAAUGCAAUCACAAACGGAGCAAAGGCAAAGGCCCCCUACCAUCUACCAGCAUGAAAGAAGCUAAAGAUCGAAACUGUGUCCGGCUCCAGCCGACGCUCCAAACCCAGCGCCUGCACGACAUCAUUCCCUUCGCUGCAAACAAGGUUCUGCAUCCGCGUCCCUCUGGGCAACCUAUUGACACUUACUUUUACCGGCAAGCCGCCGUCGUUUCUCUGGAGACUUUCGUGGAAGAAGCAGAUCACGAGCAUAGUCACAGGUUGCUAUGCGGCCGGACAAGGGCCCGCCCAUGUUUGUUUUGUUAUAGAAAACUAAGCAUCAAAUAUGCAUUUAUUGAUAGCAACGUGUCCCAUAACAACCAUAGGUCGGCACUCUUAAAAAUAUCAUUCACUCGCUCAUACUUCAUACUAGAAUAUAAAUGAAUUUAUAGUUAUUUACGUAUAGAAACAUGAUGGUAUGUAUAGACAGACAUACAAUGCCUAGUAUUGGGGCUGUAAUUAUAUGAAUUAUUAUUCAGCGUAUUUAAAUUUAAUUCAACUCCGGCUAAAGGAUAACAUAACUAAAAGUGUAUUAAGCUAAUUAGAUGUGAUCCCAAAUCUGUUGUUAAAUCGGAACAUAUGUAUGAUUAGGCUCCUUAAGCAAACGGUUCAUAAUUUAAUAAAAAAUGGAAAUUUCCUUUGAAUCAGCAACCAA